AUGUCGCUACAGCACACACUUCUUGCAGCCUUACUUUGUAUAUUUGCCUCACGGACAAACGGUCAAACCAGAGUGCCUGUGGAAACGCGUAAUCCGGAUUGCCCAAGUUUUGAAUACGAUGCCUUUUACGACUUCCUGGCCAACACUAGCACCAACAACCUGCACGUGGAGGUGAUCGAAGGCUUCACCGGAAGCUGUUGUAGCAGACGAGGGGUUCUCAAACUAAAACUGGCGGCUGCUGCCACUGACCCCAGCAAACGGAGAGUGCUAGUGGACCUGUUUAUGGACGGCAGCCCCACAGACUGGGUCUUCAACCUGGGAGACUCCAUCACCAACAAUGGCUACGCUGGCGAUGGUAACACACAGUGGUGGGACGCAGAAGUCCAAGGUUUGGGUCACACUUUCACUGGUUACCUGAGUGAUAAUGGUGGAAGUGGGCAGGCGUUUAACUUACCCAAUCUCUACACAACUCGACUGACCAUGAUCGGCCGGCAACGGUCACAUCACAUGGAUUCCUGA